CUCUGCUCUGCUAUGGCUUCUCAACUUGUCCUCCUCUUAUUCGGCCUUUGCUUAUCUCUUCUUCCUCUCACUUCUCUCUCUCAAUCAGAACCACAGUGCAAAGCAUGGCUGGUCCAAUCUAUCCCCACCAACAUGACCGAUCUCCCCCGUGUACCUGGCGUUCUCUCCUCUGCGGAUGUAUUCCGGUGGUUGGCCGGGAACUCAACUCGAGAUCUGGACAUACUCGCCCAGUAUUGGGAGCUCAUAGCGCUUCCCAACGAUACUCAAUCAGGAGACUAUGGAUACACAGCCACCCAGAUGGAGAGCUUCGGAGCUAAUGAGGGUCUUCAAGUUUAUCAGUCUCUUCAAAACGCUGCUGAUCGCAAUGUCAAUAUCAGGAUUUUACAGUACUCUGGGUUUUACCCUGAUUAUGACAAUGAAUCAGCAAGCCUUGCUUCAGGGAGACCGAAUGUUCAGAACGUUACCUUACCACUAAGUAACUGGUACGGUUCCGGCAUUGUCCAUGCAAAAGUCUGGAUAUCAGAUAAUAAAGACAUCUAUAUUGGAUCUGCCAACAAUGACUGGAAAUCUCUAACUCAGGUCAAAGAACUUGGAAUUUAUCUUAUUGAUUGUCCAAGUGUAGCAACAAAGGUGGAGUUAUACUUCAGCAACCUGUGGAAGCUUGCAUUCCUUAAUUCUUCAGUUUAUACAAAAACAGUGUGGGAUCAGCAGUGGCAGAUUGAGAGACUAGUUCCUUGCUGGUCACAUUUUAUCCCCUUCCAAGAGAGGUGCAGAUCACCACUUCCAUAUUAUGUGGAGACUCCCCAUGUAGCAGGCUAUCCACCAUUGUCAGACCCUUACAUGUUUCAAGUUGCAAUCACUACUCCUGGUUACACUAAUACAACUUCAAGGAAUGACACCUGCUAUCUCUCCUUUUCUCCUCCAGAGAUGUUAUUUGGCAUGUAUCAAGCAGAUGAACAAGGAUGGGUGGAUACAAUCAAAUCUGUGGGGGUUGGGGCGACUGUUCGAAUUAAUACCAUGGACUGGCUUGGCCAAUCUCAAUAUUUGAAUCCAACAAUUUUUUGGUCAUCCCUUUCAUCUGCAAUAUCUGAGGUUGUCUUCUCCAAGCAUGCAACAGUCAAGUUAAUAGCAGCCUACUGGGCAUAUUACCUUAAUGGCACAGAUGAGUACCUGAAGUCUCUCCUAUACUCCAAUGUCCUCUGUUCAUCUUCAAAGUACAACAACUGUGCUGGUAAAGUGGAGAUCAAGUAUUAUAUGGUUCCAGGGUACAACAUGACUGGGCCAGCCCUGAAGAAUGGGAAAAGCACUGGGAAUAUUUAUCCUGAUUUCACUAGAGUGAACCAUGCAAAAUAUGUUGUAACUGAUGUGAGGGCUCACAUUGGAACCAGUAAUCUUAUAUGGGAUUACUUCUAUACCACUGCAGGUGUGACCUUUGGGACAUAUAAUCCUGCCAUUGUCUCACAGCUUCAACAAGUCUUUGAUGCAGAUUGGAAUUCACCUUAUGCAACUCCAGUUCAACCAUUAUAAGAAGAUCAAGUUAAUUCAAGCAGAUACAGAUCAUGAGUUUCAACUAGCUAAGAA